AUGUCGAAAUCUGAUGAUGAGCCUUCUCAACAACACACCGAAGAUAUUGAAUCCCAACCAUCGAAACCACUUCCCCCGAAUAACCAUGCGGACCGCGCAGCUGAACUCAUCGGUGACCAACACGUCGAAGUCACAGAAGAAGACAACAAACGUCUCCGUCGCAAAACAGACAAACACAUCCUCUCCAUCCUAGUAUGGGUCUACUUCCUCCAAAUCCUCGACAAAUCCGUCCUCGGCUACGGCGCAGUCUGGGGCAUGCGCGAAGACACAAACCUCUCAGGAAACGAAUAUUCCAUGGUCAGCUCCAUGGCUCCAAUCGCCCAACUCGUUUGGCUGCCUUUCUCGUCGUGGCUCAUGGUUAAAGUUCCUCAUCGUAUUUUUAUGAGUUGUCUUGUCUUUGGGUGGGGAACGGCUCAGGCUUGUAUGGCUGCUUGUACUACCUACGAAGGUCUGCUCGCGACACGCUUUUUGCUGGGGUUGUUUGAAGCGGCUUGUUUACCGCUUUUUUCUGUUAUUACGGCGCAGUGGUAUCGUCGCGCGGAGCAGCCGAUGAGGGUGGCUUGUUGGUACGGUACUAACGGUGCGGCAAACAUGUUUGCUGCCGCGCUCUCAUUUGGUCUUGGUCAGAUCAACGGAUCUCUUGCGUCGUGGCGCAUUUUGUUCCUGUUUGCUGGCCUCAUCACCGUUAUUACAGCGCCGGUGGUGUAUUUCGCUCUCGACAAUGAUAUCCCCUCUGCUCGAUUCCUGUCGGAGCAUGAGAAGCUUCAGACUUUGGAGCGACUCCGGGCAAACCAGACUGGUACUGGUAGUCGAAACUUUACCUGGUCGCAGGCUUUCGAGGCGUUAAUUGAACCCAAGACGUGGCUUUUCAUCGGUAUGGCGUUGUGUCUUAACGUUACUGCUGCUGUCACGAAUACCUUUGGACCUAUUAUUGUCGGUGGCUUUGGCUUCGAUAAGGGUGUCACGUCUCUUCUCAACAUCCCAUUUGGCGCUGUUCAACUUCUUGUCAUUUUCCCAGCUUCUUACCUCGCCCAUCGAUACCGCAUCAAGUCCGCCUUUUUGAUCGCAGUAAUGCUGCCCGUCCUCGCCGGUGCAGUAAUGCUCCACCAACUCGACCGCUCGAGCACUGCACCUUUACUAGCAGCCUACUACAUGCUCGCCUUCCUCUUUGGCGGCAACCCCCUCAUCGUGUCCUGGAUGAUCUCCAACAUCGCGGGCACAACCAAGAAAUCCGUCAUCAUGUCCCUGUACAACAUCGGCGUAUCAGCAGGCAACAUCAUCGGCCCUCUACUCUUCAGCUCCAAGGACGCACCAUACUACAAGCCCGGCCUUACCAAGACUAUGGGUAUCACUGGAGCAAUGAUUGGUGUUAUUAUUUUGCAGUUGGUGAAUUUGAUGUUUUUGAAUAAGCUGCAGGAGCGAAGACGGGUAAAGAAUGGGAAGCCUGCCAAGAUUCGGGAUUUGAGUAUGGAGCAUCGGUAUGUGGCUAAUGCGGAGGAUGAUGAGCAGUUGGGACAGAAUGCGUUUAUGGAUCUUACGGAUUCUAAGAAUGAUGAGUUUGUCUAUGUUUAUUAG